AUGAGGAGACCCCCUGUACUGCUGUUUUAUUCCCUCCUCAUCAUGAGCAGAGGCCUUGCAGCAAGCAACAAGCCCCGCAGGACUGUUUCUUUCAAUGACAUGGACUUGAAGCAGUUCAAAGAGUCCGGCUUCGACAGCUUGAGCUCUUUGAUGAUAAGACAAGACAUCGGCCAGCUUGUGGUCGGGGCCAGAGGGAAAGUGCUCACCCUCGCCUUGGACGACAUCACCAAAAAGACCAGUGAGGCCAAAUGGACGGUCAGUCCUGCAGACAAGGCCCUGUGUCAGAUGAAGGGCAAGGACGCUGAGGAAUGCGAUAAUUUCAUCCGGACUCUACACACAAUGGAGGACGGUAAAAUGCUCGUGUGUGGGACAAACGCUUUCAACCCUGAAUGUGAUUACAUGACUUUCAGAAAUGGAAGGGUCUCUCUGGAAGGAAAGAAGCAGGUGGGUAGGGGCAAAGUUCCUUUUGACGCCUACCAACGCUUUGCUUCCCUCAUGGAUGGAAACGCUUUGUACUCGGCUGCUUCCUCCAACUUUCUGGGCACAGAACUGGUGUUUCAGAGACAUGGACUGAACCCCGUCAGGACUGAAGUGAAGCGCUCCUGGUUCAACGAGCCGACCAUCAUUUCCAUUAGCCUUGUUGAAGCGAGCGAAAACAGCGAGGACGGCGAAGACGACAACAUCUUCUUGUUCUUCACUGAGAACGCUGUAGAGGAACAUCGUGACAACAUCCAGGUGUCGAGGAUUGCCCGUGUGUGUAAGAGUGACCUGGGGGGCAAAAGGACCCUGCAGAGAAAGUGGACUUCUUUCUUGAAGGCCCGUUUGGACUGUCCAUUUGGCAGUGCUGCCUCGCCGUCCCUGAUUCAGGACGUUUUCCUUCUCAGAGACCAAAAUAACUGGAGGGGUGGCAUCUUCUACGCCACAUUCACCACCAACUUGGAGUCCUCAGAUGCGUGCAGCCAGUCUGCUGUCUGUGCAUAUAAGCUGUCAGACAUCAGCCAGGUGUUCAGCGGGAGGUUUUUGACUGAGAGGGACACUGGCAGCUGGGACACAUACACAGGAGAGGAGCCAUUCCCUCAUCCUGGUUCGUGCAUCAACAAUGAACUGCGGGCCAAAGGUGUCACGACCUCUCUCGACCUCUCAGACAAAAACCUGCUGUUCGUAAAGAACCACCCUCUGAUGGAGGGGGUGGUCACGCCGAUGACCGGCAAGCCUCUGCUGGUCCGCACGGGGACUCGAUUUUCCAAAAUUGUGGUGGACCGCGUCACGUCACCGGACGGACGGCGUCGUCAGGUCAUGCUAAUUGGCACAGACUCUGGCUGGCUGCAGAAGGCGGUGAGGUUCGAUGGCGAGGACGGCCGCGUCAUCGAGGAGCUGCAGCUGUUUCCAACUCCUCGGCCUGUCAGCUUUCUCCAGCUCUCCUCCGAAACAGGCCAGCUGUACAGUGGUGCCAGUAACAUUGCUGUUCAAGUUAAUGUAAGAGACUGCAGCCGCUACACAUCAUGUGAUGACUGCCUUCUCGCCAGAGACCCGUACUGCGGCUGGGACGAGAUCAGAGGCCAUUGUGCGUCUGUUGCUGACGCACUACUUGGGUCCACGAUUCAGAGCUUGACUGAUGGAGACAUCAGGAUGUGCCCAAUCUCAAAGUUGAAAGACAAGCCUGCCAUCGUCCACCUCAACAUCAGGAUAGCACAGUUCCUCCCAUGUUCCCCUGAGACCAACCUCCUAGUCAGCUGGCGCUUCUGGGACGGCGUCCUCCCUCCUGGUCCCCGACACACCAUACUCAGCCAGGGCCUCAUCAUCAGACCCUCCUACUCGGAUUCCGGCCUUUACACCUGUGAGACGGUGGAAACGGUAAAGAGAAAAGUGCACCGGAGGACUGUGGUCCAGUACCUCGUCCAGGUUCAGGACGCGAACACAGCUGUCAGGAACCUGAGGGCGGCUGUGAUCGCCUUGGCUGCUCUCGCCGGCUUGCUGAUGUGCUCCCUCGUGGUCAGACACCUAAAGGCAAAAAAUAAACAGUGA